UUCCUUUCUCCUCCCCUUUCUGUCUCCACUGAAUAUCUUUCCAAUGCUGGUUGUACAGCCUGCCCGUAGCCAAAGAACCCCUGUUCCCCGCUCACACCGAUCCAAGCUUCAAGCCUGAACUUUUCCCUGGAAAAACUCUGACACUGCUCCGGAGGACCUUAUUGCUGACGUCUAAAGACAACUACCACCCUUUAAACCAAAGGAGAGGUGUGACCUCGGGGGGGGGGGCAACAGGACAGACCCGAGUCAUUGGUGCAUCUACGGCAUUCUCAUCGCUGUGGAGGCCUGCUUGUGAACAGCAGCUCUGCAGACUCUGGCCACAAUUAUGACCCAAAGCAAUGGAGAGAACCCACAGCGGGGCCGCGGUGGUCUUCACCAGAUCCGGGCUGGGAUCCAGUCCAGAUCGCUGCUCGCCAAGAAGAGAGUGGAGAACAUCAAGAAGGAUCAAGUGAAGGGGUUCUUCAUGAGGAACGCUUUUGUCAUUCUAACCAUCGCUGCUGUUAUUAUAGGUAUAAUCCUUGGAUUUUCCCUGCGUCCAUACAAACUGUCCUACCGUGAAGUGAAGUACUUCUCUUUCCCUGGAGAGCUGCUGAUGAGAAUGCUCCAGUUGCUGGUGCUGCCGUUGCUGGUCUCCAGUCUUAUCACAGGUAUCGCCUCUCUGGACAGACGGGCUUCGGGCAGAAUGGGUAUGAGGGCAGUGAUCUACUACACUACCACCACUGUGAUUGCUGUGUUCAUCGGUAUAGUCAUGGUUCUCAUUAUUCACCCUGGAAAGGGAUCCAAGGACGAGUUCACCAAGCAGCAGCAGAUAGAGCAGAUCAGCGCUGCUGAUGCCUUUCUGGAUCUUAUCAGAAAUAUGUUUCCUCCCAACCUGGUGGAAGCUUGCACCAAACAGUUCAAGACGCAUUAUGCCAAGAGAGUAAUCCACGUGACUGUUACCGUGAACGACACGACGUUCCUCCAAAACGGUAGCCAGCAAAUAGAGGAGAUGAUUCCAGUACCAGGAUCGGUGAAUGGAAUUAACGCACUGGGCCUGGUGGUGUUCUCCCUGUGCUUCGGUCUGAUCAUCGGGAACAUGAGGGAAAAGGGACAACCCCUGAAGGACUUCUUUGACUGCCUCAAUGAGGCCAUCAUGAGGCUGGUGGCCAUCAUAAUGUGGUAUGCCCCUGUGGGUAUUUUGUUCCUCAUUGCUGGUAAAAUCAUGGAGAUGGAUGACAUAUCAGCCAUGGGUGGCCAGCUGGGAAUGUAUACAGUAACGGUUAUUUGUGGCCUGCUCAUCCACGCCAUCGUUGUUCUGCCGACGCUCUACUUCGUCAUCACCCGAAAGAACCCCCUAGUGUUCAUCGCGGGGCUGCUGCAAGCGCUUGUCACUGCCCUCGGAACCUCUUCCAGUUCUGCCACGUUGCCCAUCACGUUCAAAUGCCUGGAGGAAAACAACAAGGUGGACAAGCGCGUGACGCGUUUUGUGCUCCCCGUCGGAGCCACCAUAAACAUGGAUGGAACAGCUUUAUACGAAGCCCUGGCAGCCAUCUUUAUCGCACAGGUCAAUGACUAUGACCUGAACUUCGGACAGAUUCUCACCAUCAGCAUCACAGCCACGGCGGCCAGCAUCGGAGCAGCUGGAAUACCUCAGGCAGGCCUGGUGACCAUGAUUAUAGUGCUGACAUCCGUAGGCCUUCCCACAGACGACAUCUCACUGAUCAUCGCUGUUGACUGGUUCCUCGAUCGAUUGCGCACCACCACCAACGUCCUGGGUGACUCCAUCGGAGCCGGCAUAGUGGAACAUUUGUCCCGCCACGAGUUGAGAAGCAACGACCUGGAGCUGGGCAACAAGAUGGUGGAGCAGCCAGAAAAAAAGCCAUACCAUCUCAUUUCCCAGGAGAACGAAUAUGAGAAUGAGAGGCCCACUCCAGACGAGACCAAGAUGUAGUGAUGAAAUUUACACCCUUUCUUAAAGAUAAAAAAAA